AUGGAAGAUCAAGAUAGCAUUUUGCCUUAAUUCAACUAUCUCAACCUUACCUCAAGUUCUCUACAAUCCAAUAAAACAUUGGCAGACACUGAUAGAAUUAAAACCAUCGAAUUAGCAUCUGAAUCUCUGCUAAAAGAGAUAGGAGUAGAUAUAGAGAAAUUUCUCUCCAAGGACUCUUUUGAUAGUUUUGAAUCUUAUAGAUCAUAAUAUACUAUUCCUAAGCCCUCUCUGAAUAGUAGUGCAUUUGUUUUGCCAUCUCUGAGUGAUUUGAGUUAACUUACUCCUCCAGACAAAUAAGCCUAUCCUAAAAGUAACAGUAAUCAGAAUUUCAUAAGCUCACAGGGUUCAAGUAAUAAUACUAUAUCAACAGCAACUGGUUAAGUUCAAAGUAAUAAAAUACUAGAUAUGAAAUUCAGACAAAUGAAUAUGAAUAGAUAUAUGCCUACCGAUGAGGAAAAAGAGCUAUUCCAAGAAAAUCACAAGCUCAGAAUGCAAAGGAUUGAAGAAAGAUUCAAGUAGAAUAUUCAAAUUGAACAGAAUGUAGGAAUUGAAGAAGAGAUUGAUGAUAAAGUUUAAGUAUUGGAUGAAAAUGAUGAGUGCAACUAGAAUUAUGGAGAAAAUACUAAUUAGACUUCAGAUAUAAAAAUAGUAGAGGCAGUAGACCAAGAUAAUAUGGAAAAGAUGUUCUAAAAGUCAUUGUCCAAAAAAUAAGCUCAAGUAAUUGAAGCAGAUGAAGAGGCUUUCGAGGAUGAUAUGUAAAUUUAAGAUCUAAGUGAUGAUGAAUAUACCUAGAAUUAGAGUAAAUUUGGGAAAGAAAUAAAACUUGUUUAGAAGUCUAAGGAAUAAUCUGAUUAUGAAAAUCAACUUAAAGCUAUUAAAAUUCUUAUUGAAAGAGAUCAGGCAAAAUAAUAAUUAGAAUAAUUGUAGAAUGAUGAUCAGGAACCGAGUGUUUAAAUAGAUACUACUAUUACUAGCAGCAAGCAAUAAGUUACAGAGAAAUAUCUAAAGAAUGAAGAUGACGAGGAUUUUGAUGGAGUUGAUGAUAUUUUAGAUUUUGAGGAAUCUAAGAAAUAUGAAGUUAUCAGGACUGCAAAUUCUAAUAACUAACACAGUUUAUAGAUAUUUGACAAUGAAUAGAAUGAUUAAAUUGGAAAUUCAAAGUUUAGAGAGUAUAUGAGUUGGUAGACUGGGGACAGUUAAAGUGUAAAUAACCAAGAUGCAGUACAGAUUCUUGAUGUUAAGUUUCCAGAUCCCUAUAUGAUUCAUGAAGAAAGAUAGGCAUUCUUUGAUUAGGAGUAUCAGGCAUUCAAGUAUAAUGAGCAUGGAAUCUACAGCGAUAACAGUGAGGACGAAGAAGCAGAAGAAAUUAUAGUCAAUUCAAAGUAGAAAAAAUGA